AUGUCCACUACCUCUGCAGGUGCAGGGGCCUGGCUUGACCAAAUGUGCCAGUCCAGUGCCCUCUUCUCUGUUUGCAAACUGCCCAAACAGCCCACUUACCAGUCAAGGUUUUGUGGCUGGAAUGUUGAAGAGUUAAAAGUUAGAGAUCAGUGCUACUUUCCAAGUACUCUUUUGGGACCUACACAGUCUGACAAAACCUGGACUGAAGCAGAGAAUAAAUGUCGUGAAUAUGGUGGCCACCUGACAACUGCCAAGGAUCUGGAUGAGCAAAACUUGGUGCGGACAUUGCCAAACGUUCUGAGAUCAUGUCAAGAAACUUGGGCCGUGUCCAAAUCAGGUGAGUUGUGGCAAAAACAAUGUACCAAUGAGACCAGGCGUGAAAUUUUGAUUUCUAACAUUGCUCUUUUAUUUUUCCAUUCACAAAGCUGGAGUGAUGGCACUUGGUUUGACAUCUAUACCGACUACUCGGAAUUCCCUGGUGGUCAACUUCCAGAAAACGUGGUUGAUGAGGAAGAUUGUACAGAACUGCGUAUAUGGCAGAACGGAGAGUGGGGAAGAAGUGCUUGUGGGAAUUCACUCAAGUUUGUCUGCAAACGCAACGAGAUCUCAACUAUACCACUUCAGCCUUUACCUGGCUAUCCAACCACUGGCGAGUGCCCCCAGGAUUACUUCAGACUGGACAACAUGUGCUUCAGCUUGAGAGGCAGAGAUGAAAGUCAACGUAAGGGCUGGAUUCAUGCCAGAGAUGAUUGUAAGACGGCUUCAGUUGCAGGGACAACCCUUGCCACAGUGAGCAACCCUGGACAACAAGCUCUGUUGACGGCCAUAAUCAAGGGAGUAGGUGCGGAAGCAUGGAUUGGCUUGAAUGGUAUAGGCGUCCACGAUCAAUAUCACUGGACUGAUGCAACACGAUUGGACUAUACGAGCUGGGCACCAGGCCAACCUGACAAUGCUUUGCCAAUUACUGAUCCGAACUCUGCUAGUUGUGUGGCGAUGAUGAAUGAUCCAAAUGACCCGGGUUUGUGGAAUGAUGCCACGUGUACUAUCCGAAGAGCCUACCUCUGUCAGUCACCAUUAGUGAUGAGUGGUGGCGACCCUCCUCCCCUACCAGGAAACCCAUGUACAGACACCAAGUACACCAACUACUUUGACACAUGUUUCCUCAUGGAGAGCACUUACAAGCGCUCAUUUGAUAGCGCCAGCUUUGAUUGCCAUGGUAGGGAUGGUAGCUUGCUGUCAGUGAAUGACCGAUACGCGGGGGCGCUAUUCACGUACCUCCUGUACCAAGCUGGUACUGAUGCUUCAGAUGAUGAAGCCUGGUUGGGAAUGAGGCGUAAUCCUGCAACUGGAGUGUUUGAAUGGAUUGACAAAUGGCCGCUGACCUUCACCAAAUGGGGUCCCAAUGAACCAAACAACAACAAUGGAGAUUGUGUGGCACUAACUCGUGAUGGCUUCUGGGCUGUCCGUCAGUGCUACGUUUACAACUACUACUUCUGCAAAUACCCCUCUACUCCGCCAUAUGUUCCAGGGCAGAGGGGAGGGAUCUGUCCUCCUGAUUACGUAGAAUUUCCAGGAUUGGAUGACUGCUACCUGUUCAAUACAUCGGCCACAAUGAUAAAGCAAGAAGCUGGAGAUCUAACAUGUGCCAUUAAUCACGACGGAGGCAAAUUGCCCAGCAUUCACAGCAAAGAUGAGGAAGAUUUCAUUAAGGCCAAAACCAAAGAAGUCUUUGGUGAAAACGCCCAGAUUUGGCUUGGGGUAACUCGCAAUGCAGAUGAUUUCAAUACCUGGUUUGAUCAGAGUCUGAUGGACUACGUGAACUGGGAUGUCAAUGAACCUACUGAUGAUAACAAUGCAAACAACAAUGGCGUCCUGUUGGAUGUGAAUGGCGGAUGGAGUGACGUCGCCUCUACUGAGAGACACAACUACAUCUGCAAAUCUCCCAAAUGUAGGAACCACUUUGCCCUCGGCCAUUUCAAUCUGAAAGCACACACCUGUGAAUAUGUGGUCAAGUCGUAA